AUGGCUGGUCACAUCUCCAUGCUCACAGCGACCGACGCCAGAUCCCACAUCCACCUGGUCGUCGGCUCGAACCCACUGGCUGCCGCCCGCUGCGCCCAGUCCUUGUCUGCUGGCGCAUCACCUGUCCUGCUUGCGCCCGAGACCGCAGAGCUUCACUAUGCCCUACAAAAACGCGUGGACGACGGGGACGUCAAAUGGAUCAAAGAGGCCUUCCAGGACAGUCAUCUAUUCUCCCUUGGGAGGGAAGACGUCGGCCAUGUAGUGGAUGCUGUCUACGUGACCUCGGGCUCCAGAGACCAGUCAAGCGCACACAUAUCGAAUCUUUGCAAACGAAAUCGGAUUCCCGUCAACGUGGUCGACGCUCCCCAUCUCUGCUCGUUCACGCUCCUCUCGACACACACCGACGGCCCACUCCAGAUAGGCGUGACGACAAAUGGGCGAGGGUGCAAGCUGGCGUCUAGGAUACGCCGCGAGAUCGCUGCCUCGUUACCGCAAAACCUGGGCGACGCAUGUCUGAGGCUGGGGGAUGUGCGCAGAAAGAUACAAGAGGAGGACCACUUGCUACACAUGGCACUGGCAGACGGAGAUGAUGUGGAUGAUUCCAUCGGUCAGUCGGCGAGCUUCAACAAGCUCGUCACCGAAGCCGAUAUCGAUGCUGCGAAAAACAGACGCAUGCGAUGGCUGGGGCAAGUCUGCGAGUACUGGCCCUUGAAGCGGCUUACUGCGAUUAAUGAUGAUGACGUGGCUACCAUCCUGAAAUCCUACGAGAUCGCCGGCUCUGCCGAGUCGGUUGGCAAGUCCACCCUGGCGGGCAACUCGAUAGGCCGGGGUCGCAUCAUUCUUGCUGGGUCUGGCCCGGGCCACCCCGACCUCCUCACACAAGCAACCCACAAGGCUAUUCAAUUCGCCGACCUCAUUCUGGCUGACAAGCUUGUGCCAGCCGGCGUGUUGGACCUGAUUCCUCGACGCACUCCUGUACAGAUUGCGCGGAAAUUCCCCGGCAAUGCGGAUGCUGCUCAGAACGAGCUCCAGGAGAUGGCGAUAGCCGGAGUGCGUGGGGGUAAGACAGUGCUGCGCCUGAAGCAGGGAGACCCAUAUGUGUAUGGACGUGGAGGAGAGGAGGUUGAGUACUUCCGAAACCAUGGUCUUGGCGACAGAGUCAUCGUGCUGCCGGGAGUCACAUCAGCUCUUUCGGCACCCCUUUUCGCCAGCAUUCCGCCCACGCAACGAGAUGUUGCCGACCAGAUCCUGAUCUGCACCGGAACAGGAAAGAAGGGUAAACCACCAGCGCCGCCAGAGUACGUGGCCAGCCAAACUGUGGUUUUUCUCAUGGCGUUGCAUCGCAUAUCGGGGCUGGUCGAAGAAUUGACCACCUUCUUGAGUACGGAGACUAUGGUAGUAAAGGAAGAGCAGCUCCAGGAUACCGUUGACGCAAAGGUGAUUGGGGCGGAACCGAGAAGGAUUUUAUGGCCAAAGAACACGCCGUGCGCCGUCAUCGAACGUGCCAGCUGUCCGGAUCAGAGAGUGAUCCGGACGACGCUGGAUAAAGUGGUGGAGGCCAUCGAACAGGAAGGCAGCCGGCCGCCUGGCUUACUGGUUGUGGGACGUGCCUGCGACUUCCUGAAUAAGCCGGAGAAGGGACGCUCCUGGAGUGUAGAAGAAGGCUUCAGGGGCUUGGACAUAUCUGAUGCACUAGAUUUAGGAGCUGCAUAG